AUGCCACAGCUGGAGACAGUACUCAAGCGCUACGAGGAGGUCACCUCGAAGGCCCAGAACGCAGCCCAGAUCCAGCUGAGAUCUGAAGAAUCAGGAAUCUCUUUCGAUUUCACAUUCGAGGCAAUUCGUCCAAACGUAUUUCGAACAACAUUCUCAUCCAAAACGCACUCUCUCCCACCAUAUCCCUCAGCAACACCGCCGACACCAACCAUCGACUCUGCCAAGCUGUCGUCGACGAGGUCAGAGUCAACGUAUAAACUACAGCUUGAAGAUGUUGAAGCCAGCGUGCAGUGGAAACACGCACCUGUCGUUUCAUUGGGCUUCGUGGGAUCGGACGAAAAGCUCUAUGCUGACCUGGAAUAUCGAUCUUAUGUGAUUGAUGGCCGGGGAGUCAGCCACUAUGUCCAGCACGACAGGAAAGCAUUGCAUGUCGGUCUGGGAGAGAAAUCAGCCCCAAUGGACCUGACAGCACGGGGAUUCCAAAUCUCAGCCACAGACUCCUUUGGCUAUGAGGCAUACGCAACCGAUCCUCUAUAUAAACAUGUGCCCUUACUUAUCAAAGUCACCCCUCGGGGCUGUGUGGGAAUGUUCUCGACAAGUCAUAGCAGGGGCUCCUGGGCAGUGGGAUCCGAAAUCGAUGGUCUUUGGGGGCAUUUCAAAGUUUACCGACAAGAUUAUGGUGGCCUCGAGGAGUACCUUCUUGUUGGGCGCACGCUCAAAGAAGUGGUCCACACGUACGCAGAGCUGGUCGGGUUUCCUCUCCUCGCCCCGCGCUGGGCCUAUGGCUAUCUCUCAGGAGGAUACAAGUACACGAUGGGAGAUGCACCCCCAGCCCACGAGCAAUUGAUGGACUUUGCCGAUAAACUCGACUACCACGGCAUUCCCUGCUCGGGGCAUCAGAUGAGUUCGGGAUAUUCUAUUGCGGAACACGAGCCCCGAGUUAGGAAUGUCUUCACGUGGAACAAACACAGGUUUCCAGACCCCGAGGAGUGGAUUGCGAAAUACCACUCCCGCGGCAUCCGUUUGUUAACCAACAUCAAGCCUUUUCUGCUGUCGUCACACCCCGAUUAUCAAUACCUAGUGGAGAAUAAUGGGCUGUUUACAGAUCCGCAAACGAGUAAAAACGCUGAGAUGCGUCUCUGGAGUGCAGGUGGUGGCGAGAGCGGAAUUGGUGGGCACAUUGACUUUACUUCGGCUGCGGCCUAUGAGUGGUGGACUCGAGGCGUGGAGAAGCUCAAAGAACAGGGGAUCGACGCGAUGUGGAACGACAACAACGAGUAUCCAUUACCGAAUGAUAACUGGGAGUUGUCCUUGGAAGCGAUUCCAGGAAGCAGGAAGGGAAUAGCCGACAGAAAUGUCGGUCUCUGGGGUAGAGCCAUGCAGACAGAAUUGAUGGCAAAGGCAUCAUAUGAAGGGCUCCUCCGUGCCGAGGCUGGUGUUCGGCCCUUUGUUCUGACAAGAAGCGCGGGCGUGGGUACGCUGCGUUUCGCGUGCGGUUCAUGGAGCGGAGACAAUAUGACGAGCUGGGAAAGCAUGAAGGCUUCGAACGCGUUAUCGAUCAAUGCAGGCAUCAGCCUGAUGCAAUUUUAUGGGCACGACAUUGGAGGCUUUGAGGGGCCUCAGCCUUCGCCCGAACUGCUUCUUCGCUGGGUUCAGCUUGGUUGUCAUCAGAUCCGCUUUGCGAUCAAUUGUUUCAAAACAAGCCCCCAGGAUAACCAGGCAGGUGAGGUUAUCGAACCCUGGCAGUAUCCUGAAAUCAUCCCAAACAUACGUGCCGCAAUCAAGCGGAGGUACGAGAUCAUGCCAUACAUUUACUCGCUAGGACUAGAAAGCCAUUUAACUGCGAGCCCGCCACAAAGAUGGAUUGGCUGGGGUUAUGAAUCCGAUCCAGAAGUGUGGACCAAAACCUUGAAGAGAGGGGAGGAGCAAUAUUGGUUUGGUGAUUCAUUGCUCAUUGGCGGGGUGUAUGAGCCUGGUGUCGAUAAGGCGAAGCUGUACCUCCCCCGAAAGUCGGCAGAGGGAUCAUUCGACUAUGGCUACAUCAAUCUAAAUGCACCGCAUGAAUAUUUCGCGGCAGGUCAAUGGGUGACGAUCCAAUCCCCCUGGCGAGACAGUAUCCCCAUACUAGCAAAGAUUGGCGGCGCCGUUCCUGUCGGGAAACCGAUUCAGACCAGAAUGCCCGGCGAGCUCCGCCCGAAGUGCAAGACACUUGAAGAGGACGAUUACCGAGGAAUCGAAAUUUUCCCCCCUCAAGGAAGUUCGCAUGGCGAGACCUUCUCGACCACUUGGUAUGAGGACGACGGAUUAUCUGCAAACCCAAACAUCUCGUCAUUUACUGUAUCGUACAGUUCCACGGUGGAGAAAGUCGUUGUGACACUGCUCCCGCAUCCAGACAAUACCUUCAUCCCUCCUUGGACGGAGGUGGUCUUUAUUCUGCCACAUCAGGAUAGACGCUAUAUAGAAUCGGCGAGUGGAUCGCCAGUGCAGCUCGUGGAUUCGGAGUCUGGGAGAGUGCGGUACAAAAUGGUGGUCCCAGAUCUGAGAAGUCGCGCAGUCUGCAACGGCAAGCAUGAACAAUGA